AAUAUACUAGAAAUUUAUUUUUAUUUUUAAAUGAAAAAUUUCGGUGUAAGAAAUAAAUUGAAUGUUUUAAAUAAAUUUCGACCACGACAAACUCUGCAAAUAAAUAAAACGUCAAGGAUGUCUAACGAAACGUCAUUAAAACGUAAAAUUGAAGAAGUCUUUUACAGUCCAAGCCUAAAUGAUCAAUUAAUGAUAAAAACUGUAUCAUGUAAACGACAAAUGGCAGAACCACCAACAUGCGGGUCAGAUUCAGAUUGUGAUGAAAAAUGUUGUAAGGCUGUGAGCACACCUAUAGAUUUAGUAUGCCCACGUUGUUUAACUCACAUGCCAUUUUUACUUUCUUUGCAACAGGAUCGGAAGAAGGAAGGUAAACAUGAUAAUGCUGGAGUUUUUCAAAUGACAAGACCAUUUGACUUUUGUUGCCCAGAUGAAUGUUUAUUUGGUUCAAUUGUUGCAAAUCGUUUAAAGCGAUUAGCUGAUGAUCAAAAAAUUUAUGCGGAAAAAAUUAUCAAUGAUGCAUUACAUUAUGCAAUGUUGAAUCGUUUAUCAUGUGAAUCCAAUGUGUCGUUAUGA